AUGUGUCGCCAAUAUUACACCCUUUACGAGUGGUGCCACUGCGAGGAAGAGGCUGGCCAAAGCGCCUGUGCUGGCCAGCAUCGUAGCAGCUGCCCGGGAGUUAGCGUCGAGACAGUGCACAUGCAAUGCUUCUGCCAUUCUCACGCAACCCGUGGCUUUAAAAGCGAGAAAAAGACCCGUCGGCAAGAAGAGAAGAAGCUUCGCCGUCAAUCUCAGGAGUCUUUCGACGAGAAAUCCUCCUUUGGCCGCCGGUGGUACCAAUGGUAUCAAUGGCGGGGCUUGCGGGCCCGCUAG